GCAUCUCGGCCCAUGUAGGCCCAUUGCCAGGACUCCAUCGUUCCCAAAAAACCAAAUCCCUUCAAAGAGAUCCAUCGAUCUCGAUCGAGAGAGAGAGAGAGAGAGAGAGAGAGAGAGGGGCUAUGGUGAUGGGUUUGCAACUCUUCUCGGAGCGCGCCGAGGACGGCACAGGGCAGCCCCGGCUAGACGCUGACGCCGGUGAGGAGCUGAUGCAUGUCCAACCAGGUGUUUCCAUCGCCCUUGGCUCUCAUCCUCCGGAGUCCCCUGGAAACCUCUACAUCACUUCUCGGAGGGUUGUUUGGCUGAGCGAUGCGGAGAAGGACAAGGGUUAUGCGGUUGAUUUCCUCUCGGUGUCCCUUCACGCGGUGUCUACGGAUCCGGAGGCUUACCCUUUGCCUUGCAUCUAUGCGCAAGUUGAGACGGGAUGUGAUGAGGAUGAAGAGUCUGGGGGUUCAGAUUCAGAACAACAAGAGGAUUUCGAUCUGUCAAAGAUAACUGAAAUGAGGCUUGUGCCAUCUGAUCCAAGCCAAUUGGAUGCCCUCUUUGAAAUUUUCUGCAGAUGUGCUGAACUAAAUCCUGAUAUACAUGAAGAUGGAGAGGAGGAGAAUGAAUGGUUUUAUGGCGAUGAAGAUAUAGCUGAUGAUGGUGCAGAGGAGAAUCCCGAGUGGCACUUUUCAGAGAACCUGGCUAACCCUAUUGGGUUUGCCAAUGGAGAUCAUGACCUAGCUCAUUCAGUUUUACAGCUCCAAAUCAAUGAUCAACGGUUUGAUGAUGCCGAAGAAAUGGAACAGGAGCCUCGUCAUGAACACCAGUGAAAAGAAAAAACCUACUGUAUCUUGCAAAAUCACCUUCUUUGUCUCUUUAAGUGCAGUGCACCGUGUAUAAGUUAUACCUCGUUAGCUACUGUGCCGCAGUUUUGACUUGUUUCUUUGCGGAAAAAUUGUCUGUGCUGCAACUUAAUGCACUUCACAUUCAGUCACUUGCGAGCAUGAGUUUUGUGGCAGCAUCUGAUUCAAGCCCAGAUUUUAGUAUGUCUCAGGACUGAUGAACUUCGUCGGAAGGAAGGAGUUAGUAAGUUUUUCAUUGUUGUGCUACAGAACUUAGUGACGAUUUUCUGGUAUAAACAUGACAAACGUUCAGAUUGGUCUUUAUGGAAAUAUUCUGUCUGCUCAGAUAAGAGGGUUUGAUUGAUCA